AUGAAUUUACAAAAUGAAUCCACGAUAAAAAGUGUUGAAAAAUUUAGUAAAAUACAAUCUCUAUCACAAAAGAAACAUAAUUAUUUCCCGCCGACUAGCGAAGACAACCAACUGAUAGACGAUGAAAUAGCAUUAUUCUUAAAACAGUCAUCGGAUUCUAAAGUAAAUUUAGCGAUAGAAAACGACGUUGACUUUAAAUUAGGGGUAAAGGAGAAACCUAAAUUACAGGAAAAUACGAUUUACACUCGUAAAUUAAGAAGUAUUAACUCACAUAGUUUGGAUGUAAACAGUAAUAAAAAUCUAAUAAAAACGGUUUGUAUCGAAAAUGACCUAGAAAUAAACGAUGUUUUGAAUAACUCGACAAAUGAUUGUAUCGUGAAGAAUAUCGAACAGAAAAAUGUAAUGAAUAAUAAUAAUUCAGCGCCACCAUUAAAUGAAGUUAAACGUGACCUACAAUCCUUGUUGAUAAUGAUGGCCAUCAAUUCAGAUAUGGAUGAUAAUGCUGAGUCUGAUGAUUUUCUAGGACAGAAAAAAAUCUUAGAAGAAGAUUCCAGUAAAUAUGUCACACAUGAUAAAACUUCCAAUCAAUUAGAGUCACCAUAUAAUUUCCAAUCACAAGAUUUAGUAAAGUUUUUACAUGUAUCUUCUGUUAGAAAAAAAUUGAGUUAUCACGAAAAAUAUAUUUCAAAGAAAUAUAUAAGGAAAUGGCAAUUAUACGUUUCAAAUAGGAAAGAAAAUUUGGCUCUAAAACAGAGACAGGAAACACUCAAUAAUUUUUUCGAUAAACUUUCAAGGAAGAAAAAUAAUGCAAUUAACGAAAUGGAAUCUGCUGCAAAGUCGAAGUUUAGCGUUCGAGAUUAUAACACCUAUCAGCAAAGGUACAAGGUUCAAAAACACAUAAUUGCGCUACAAAAAAGUAAAUUAGAAGAGCAGAAUAAAGUUAUAGAACAACUCAAAUAUAACAAAAUUGUCGAAUGUUCACGAAAUUCAGUUGACGAAAUGCGAGAAGAUAUUCGUAAAACUUACUUCGAGAUUGACAAGCACUUGAAACCAAAAAUAAAGUGUUUAACGAAUGAACUAAAAAUAAAAGAAUUUGAAGAACCCGCAUUGGUGCUGCAUUGUUUAAAAGUACCUCAGUUUCUACAAAGAAUGGAAAGAAGAGCACGAGAAAGAGAAGAGAAACACGCAAUGAUACGAGAGAGAAGAAAACAAAUAGAAGAGGAACGUAUUAAACAGAAACAGCAGGCAGAACUAGCGAAAUUAGAGAUUGAUAAAGAAGAGAAGAUGAAGAGGAUCAAAGAACUUAGAGACAAAAGGAAGAGAGAAAGAAUUGAAACCAUAAGAAAAAAACAACACGUCGAAAAGUUGAGGGCAUUAAUAGUAAUGGCAGAUUUACACUAUGAAAAAUAUUUGGUUAUAAAAUAUGGAAUAAGACCAUUACGAAGACUGAUCGAUAUUAAACACGAGAACAUAGAAAAGGCCAAAGCUCAUUACAGAUUUCAGCUGCUGAGGAAUGUCUUUUUAAAUUGGAUGUGGUAUACUGAAGAUAUGUGGUUUGAUAGAAAUUAUAAAGCCGAUGACCUCAAUAGGAAAAAUAUAUUGAAGAAAGCUUUUACUGGUUUUAAAAAGAACCAUCAUGAGUAUGUAUUGAAAAAACAAGUAGCUGAAGAUUAUUAUGAUUUGUACGUGACAAAAGUAGUAUUUAGGAAAUUCGUUCAGGGCAUUGACGUUGUUAAGAAAGAAUUUGAAGUAAAAUGGAAAAAGGCUGUAACGUACUAUAACAGCAAUAUUUUAUUUAAAACGUUUACUUGUUGGCGAACCUUACCGGCUCUGAACGCUUUGAAGAGAGAGCAGGAUGCAAGAAAAUUGAGAUGGAGAGAGAAAGUGUUGUUAGUCGUCCCGGAUUAUAUUCCUCCAGAAGAUUAACAAAAGACGAUUGCACUCUUUCAAUGAUAAGAUGUCAUCCUAUUUGUUUGGCG